UUUAAGUAUUUCACACAAACUUGGUCCAAACUGAUAUAAAUUGGCGCCACUGUUACGAACAACUGGGGUAUUGUGAACGACCCAAAAAUGUAGAACUAACAUGAAGUUAGCUCCAAAUCUUUAGAAAAAAUCACAACACAGAAAACAAAAAAUGGGCAAAAAAAUGUUGGUAACACCGGUGCGCUAAAAAAGCUUGCAAACUUCACGCACCUAACCUGCGCUGGACAUCGACUCGUCCGUAUAUCUAAACUCUGGGAAAAUGUAUAUUGAUUUUUCAAAGAAAAGUCAACCGAUGUAACAAAACACUAGUCGCGAAGUGUUUAUACGCGAAGUGAAGUGCCGCAGUGGAAGUGCAGCGUCGUCAAGAUGGUGCAACAAAGCUUAUCGGCGCGCCCCGAGUGAGGUCGGAGAGAGUGUCGCGUCGCUCGGCCGACGGCCCGCAGCCCAGCGGCCGGGGCCUGGCGCGCCAUGGACGCCGGCGCCGACCCGCUGCGAGCCGCCAGGCCGUGAGUAUCUCGCUGCCCGCGGCCCACGCUGUCGAUUAUUUCGGUCCCCGCGAACCCGAUCGAGGUUGCGAAACGUCCACCGCGCUCGUCCCUCAAUCGUCGAGCGGACGUUCUCCCGCUCCCGCGGCCUCCGCGCUGCGCCAUUUCGAAACGUCGCCUCGUCCGCGAGCGCGAGGCGAGGACACCCCGAUAGUGAUCGGGCGAGCGCGGCGCUCGAGCGUGACCGCCUCCCCGGUCCAUCCGCGUGAAUGACUCCGUCGCCCGGGAUCAUAAAUCAAGCUCGUGUUUACAGUUUUUGCGGGGCUCUAAACUCGUCAAGCCGCCUCAGAGACAAAGGGGAGCGCGCGAGGCGCUGGUCGGGCUCGCGCGGAUCGUGGCGCUCGCCAGUGAGUUAUGGCUAAGUGCAUUCGAGCCGUGCACCGCGCGCCACACGUACCUAAUGUACGCGCUUAUGUAUAGCUAUAUACGCGACGAAGGCUGCGAAUACGUUCCGAUUCAAACAAAGCAUUUUUGCCCACAAAUCCAUACUAGUAGCCUCGCACGGACUACGUUCGUGUCCUUUGUGAAACAACGCACGGUCGUGUCUCGGGGGUGAUGUCAUGUGCUCCGCCUCGGAUUGGGAACAUCUGUGCUUGUCAAUUGUUCAUAUGGGUCUGCAUUUUUAGGUUAGGUCGCGAGCUAAGCCCUACUCCAGUUAGUGAAACACCUCGGGACUCCAAUAUCGUGUUCGGAAGCACCUGAAAACGUUGUGGUGUUUGUUUUGAGUGUGUAGUGUUUAUAUCAGUGUCACAGUGAGCAUGAAUAGUGAGUGUGCUAUUUGUGCACUCUGCGUGCGUAUCGUAUCGCCUGAGCUAUUAAAUCCAGUAAUUUCAAAUUAAUAGCUCCUUAAUUAAUUUCAAGUAUAGUGCACUGUGUUAUUGAGGACUGGAGGUGAACAGUGUGACGAGCAGUAAAUGCAAGCAGCAGUCAGCGUCAAUGAUCAGGGAGGAGGGCGAUGAUAAGCCCAAACCGCCCGAGAGCCAGGACGACGGGUACGAGACGAGUAACAGCGGCGAGGCGGCGCGCCGGAAGCCCUCCAGCGCGGAGGGUUCGCCCGCGCCGCCGGCCGAACCUUCCCCGCCGCCCGACCCGCCCUACGAACCAAUGAUGCGGUACCCGCAACCUGAGCCAGAACCCUACAGGCACUUCGAGCAGCCAGCUCCGCCCCUGGCCCAGCCUGAGCCGCAAUACUUCCCCUUCCCUAAAUACAACGAGCCCUAUUCGUUCAAACGUGAUGACAUGCCGUACGAUAUGAGCCAGCACCACCAAGCCCAUCAGCACCAGCCCCACCAGCCGCAUCCCCAGUACGCGCCACCGCAAAAACGCGACGACGAUAUUUAUAAUGGCAUCAAGAGAGAGUGCGAAGAUCCGUACUCGUUCGUCGAAGAAGAAACGAUGUGCGCGAUGCUCCAGCAACCCCAGCAUCACUUGCAACAGAUGCAUCCCGAUCACCAUCCGCACAUGAUGCACCCCCAGCAAAUGCUGCUCAACCAGCCCAAGAAGAGAGGCAGAAAGAAGAAGAUUAAAGACGAGAAUGGUAUGGAGAUUAAAGUGGAGCCGGGCAUGGAAGGCGCAUUAGUUCCUCGUCCGGUGAAAGAACGGAAGAAACACGAUCGCUUCAACGGAAUGAGCGAAGAGGAAGUCUCGAGACGAACGCUGCCGGAUCACCUCGCCGAGAACUUGGACAUCAUCAUUAUCGGCAUAAACCCUGGCUUAUUCGCCGCUUAUAAAGGCCAUCACUACGCGGGCCCCGGGAACCACUUUUGGAAGUGCCUAUAUCUAUCUGGCCUCACGAGGGAACAGAUGAGCGCCGAUGAAGAUUAUAAGCUGUUGAACUUCGGCAUUGGAUUCACGAACAUGGUGCCGAGGCCGACGAAGGGCUCUGCGGACCUCACCCGGCGCGAGAUCAAGGAAGGCUCGGCCGUUCUGCUGGAGAAGCUGCAAACCUUUAGACCUAAAGUGGCCGUGUUCAACGGGAAGUUGAUCUACGAAGUGUUCUCCGGGAAGAAGGACUUCUGUUUCGGGAAACAGCCAGACACAAUAGCCGGGACUAAUACUUACAUGUGGGUGAUGCCGUCGUCGUCGGCGCGCUGUGCGCAGCUGCCCCGCGCCGCCGACAAGGUCCCGUUCUACGCCGCCCUCAAGAAGUUCAGGGACUACCUCAACGGCCUAGUGGCGCACGUCGACGAAUCGGAACUAGUGUUCCCGGACACGACCAGCCGGCGGCCGCAAGAGGAGAUGGAGAUACGCAGGUAUCAAGCGAACAGAUUAACAAUGGAACCAGAGCCGGGAGACACGAUAAUACUGGAGGACGGCACUGAAGUACCGUUGAAGAAGAAACGCGGACGUCCAAAGAAAGUCAAACUGGAGAACGGGGAAACAGCUCCUCCUAUACCCAGGGCUCCCAGACAACCCAGACCCCCGCCCGUAUUGGACCCUAACGGAGAACAGCCCCCGAAGAAGAAGAGGGGCAGACCGAAGAAGAUCAGACCAGAGGAACAACAAUUUCUGCUUCAGCAACAACAACAGCAGCAACAGCAACAGGAAGCCCAGACUAUACACAGUAAUGUUUGUGCACAGCAAUCGAAUCCGAGUCAAUUGUUACAAACCCCGCUGCCCUCGAUGCAGCCGCUACCUCACGAGCAGUACUCCAUGGGCGACUUCCCGCAGCAGAUGUCGCAGCUGUACCAGCAGCAACUGGCCGACAACUCCUCGGGGUACUUCCAGCCACAAGGACAGCAAGCGCAGCCGGCAUCAGGCAUGGAGUCGCCGCUGGACGUGACGGGCACGCUGGCGGGCAUCGGGCGCGGCUACUCGUCCCCGGGGGGCAGCGCGUCCGGCGCCGGCUACUGCGCCUCGCCGCGCGCCGUGUACGCGUCCCCAGUGUCGCAGUCUCAGGGCUACAGCGAGGGCGGGUCGGUGUUCCCGGGCUCGCCGGGCGGGUAUUCCCCGGCGUCGCGCGCGGCGUUCACGGCGCGCUCGCCGCUGUACGCGCACAGUCCCGCCCACCAACCCUACCUGCCGCAUCAAGGACAGCAGCCGAGUCCGGUGCCGCAGUCCCGCUUCUCCCAGUCGCCGCACCCGCACCACCCGCACCCCUACUCGCGCUCGCCCGCGCCGCAGAACCAGUCCCGGCCGUACUCCCGUUCCCCAGCGCCGUCAGGGGGCGGCGUGGUGGGGGGCGGGACCACCCCGUUCCCCGCGGCUUCGCCCGCGGGAGGCUACACGCCGUCCCCGGCGCACACACCCUACAGUCACCACUCGUCGCCGGCUCCACCCUCGAGGACGCCCACUUACAAUGACACACACCAUUUCGCGCAUCAGAGCGGUGGUUCGAGCGGGAGCGGCGCGUUCGGCGGCGAGCUGUCGAGCGAGAUCGGCGCCGCCAUCUCGUCGCCGGGGCCCGUGUCCCCCGGGAUGGCGGCGCUGGACUUCGAGCCGCCCGCCGCCAGCCCCCCGCCCGAGCACAGCGACGACUCGCUCACCGACUACAACAAGCAGACGUCCGCGGGCAGCGACAUGUCCCCGGCGGCCGUGAGCUCGGCGGCGUACGGCGGAGCGCUCUACGACGGCGAGCAGAGGCUGCAGUACCCGCACGGCCUCACGCACAGCCCCGCGUCGCAGGACAAACAAGAACAUUACCACUACGGACAGGACCAAGGGAGUGGUGUUUCUGAAAGUCCACGAUUAGACCAGAUGCAUCAGCAUCAAUCGAUGUACCCAAGCAAUUUUAAUAGAUCAACUCCUCCCGGGGGAGGGGGUGAAGGCUCAUUUUCUCCCUUGUCGAGCGCGGCGUUCCGGCCACCAGAACAUCCGCACACACCUCACACGCCUCACACUCCACAUACACCUCUACAUCAUCAACCCGGUUCACCGAGCGAUUACAGCGGAACCGUCAAACCGAAAUCACAAGACGUUGCCUCCAAGUCGUUAUCGGGCUUAGAGUCUUUAGUAGACCAGAUUCCGUCAAUAGCGGAAGGACCGGGCGCGGCGGCGGGUGUGGCGGGCGCGGGAGGCGGCCCCCCCGGUGCGGUGGUGGGCUCGGGGGAACAACCCGCCCCAGCACCUGUCCCCUCGCUGCCUGAAUACGCCCCUGCUCUGUACGGUCCCUAUGGAGCGUACGGUAGUGCCGCUUACGGAAAUAACGGAUACGGCGGUCCGUUCGUGGGAUACGGUGGCGGGUGGGGCGCGGCGGUGAUGCGUCCGGCGCCCGGCUACCUGUCCGACUGGCAGUACCCGUACUCCGCGCCCGCAUACCCCUACAACGCGCCCUACUACGGCCCGCCGCCCGCUCACCAUCAACAGGCACAUUACUUAUCAGCGCCGCAGCUGAUCGAUCUCCACAAAAACGGCGAACACUCUGCCGGGGUGCCGGCCGUGCCCUCCGUGCCCUCCGUGGGCUUCGGCGGCUUCUGUUAGUGCCCCGCUGUGUAAAUACUCGAACUCUGAGGUACGACACUUGAAAACUAUGUGACCGAUCGACAGUUUUGUGGAAGACUAUUCGUGAUUGAAUCUCAGUGGCCCCGAAGAUCAUUAUCGAUGUAUCGAUAAAAUGGACUGUUUUUGUGAUUCUCAAAUAUCGAUAAAAUAUCGAUUUUUGCGGAUCACAAAUAUCGAUAUCGUCGUACGUUGGUCGAUCGGGGUUUUGUAAGAACAUCGCGCGGAGGUGAGCGCAGUCUCGAUAUUAGUUUAAGUAGCGAAAUUGGACUGAUGUAUCAAUUCGAAUUGCGGUUUUUUAUCGAAUUAAAAACAGUUUUUGUAAAGCAAUCGUUAGUGAUGUAAUUUUAAUCUUUUUCAAAUCGAUGAGCUUAAUUUAUAGGUGGUUUAUUUGUAAAUAUUGUAUGUAUUUUUGUUUCAGUCCAUCACAUGUGUGUGUUUUAUUAUUAUUUGUUUAACUAAUCGCUAGCUGCAUCACACGUUUUGUUCGCGAUUUUUUGGUCUCUAGUUUAUAUGUGAAAAUAUUGAAAAUUUCGUACAUCGAUAUGGUUACAAUAAAUUUGAAAUAUUAGAUACCUUUAGACUUGUGUUACUACAAUCAUAAGGAAAAAUAUUUUGACAUAAUAACGGAGAUCGGUUUUUUUUUAUUAUUUUAAAUAUCGAUUAUUUUUUACGAUUUAAGAUGCGAUUUGUUUGGGAGUGUAGGUAGCGACGUUAAGUACUUAAUUAUAAUAUUCGGAACGUCUGUGAUUUCCGGCAAUGCCUACUGUAUUAUGGCCAUUCACGAUUGCCAUAACCGGAAUAUUGUGUUCGUUUUGUUAGGUAGGUCUCGCAUUAAUGCAAUCGAAACUAAUAUACGAAUUAUAAAUCGGCGUUAAAAAUAAAAUUAAUGAUCUUUGUGUGGAUCUACGUUGGAAACACGGUGAUUUCUCUUGGAGUUUCAUCGGUUUUUUUUUUUUUUUUAUUGUAAUACGAAGUCUUGCCAAUGAUGUGUUUCGCUCUAGUCACUUUCUAAUUUGUGUCGGCUAGUCAAAUUGAUAACGUACACGCCGCUCCAACACUCCCGAAGCAAAUUACGCUAUUUACUAGUUAUAUAUUUCGUGGAUUUUAAAAUCAUAAAUUUUCAUCUAAGUCACAAGAACGGCCUAUGAAAUGUAUGUAAAUGUAUACUUUGUAUCUUAUAGUUUUUUUUUUUUUUAGUUAAAAAUGUUUUGUGACGCCUAUUUAUAGUGAGCAUUUUGAUUAUUGUAUUUUAUUUUUUACACUGUCGCAACGCGGCGGCCAUUUUGUUGACGCGGUCAUUGAACUUUCAUAUUGCAUAAUAUCGCCUGAAAUAAAAUUAUGAAGGUGAGACAACGUCUAAAUGUCGUUAGUUAAAGUACAAUUUAUCAUUUCGCCAUAUAAUUAACACCUUGAGUAUUUUUUUUUAAAGCGUAAUGGGAGUGAACACUACAGCAUAUUGAGAGUAAACAGUAUAGUGUCACUAAAGAUAAGAAAGAUGCUUCAACAAAAAAAAAACCCUAACAUUGGUUUAUAAGAUUAUAAUAAUCACCUUAUAUCGUUUUUCUUAAUCAGAGAACUCAUCUUGUGUCGUGAAUAUAGUGUGACGUCACUUAACCCAUAGACACGGUCCACUAAGUUUCUCGCCGGAUCUUCUCAGUGGGUCGCGUUUCCGAUCCGGUGGUAGAUUCAGCGAAGCGCUG